CUGAGCCUCCUGUUCCCGGACAGGGUCCUCCUGCUGAGAAGGCCAAGGUAUCUGCUGAGAGCUAAGAGGAUGGACCCCCGGGAUUUUGUGGCACAGGUUAUUUUAUUACAGAGUGUAUUAGGGGUCCUGGGGAAUCUCUCUCUCCUUUCCCAUAACCUCUUCCUCUAUUUCACUGCCUCUAGACUGAGGAUCACAGAUUUGAUUGUCAAGAACCUGACUGUGGCCAGUGUCUUGGUCCUGUCUUCCAGAGGAAUCAGCUAUGUAGUCACAUAUUUUGGUUGGUAUCAAGAAAAUGAUUUGGGGUGCAGGUUUCAACCCUAUGUUGGUGGAGUGGGCGGAGGCGUGUCCAUCAGCACCACCUGCCUCCUGAGUGUGGUCCAGGCCAUCACCAUCAGCCCCCUGGGCUCCAGGUGGGCAGGGCUGAGAGAGAAAGCUCCCAGGUGCACGCCCUGCAUUGCCCUGUGCUGGGUCCUGAGCCUGCUGGUUAAUGUCCUCUAUCCCGUGUUCAUGUCUGAAUUCUGUCACCAAAAUGACACAAGCAGGAAAAGGUUUGGACAAUGUUCCUCUGUUCGUCACGACACAACCAGAGACUUCUUAUACGGGGCCCUCCUCUCCUUCCCUGAUAUUGUGUUUUUUGUGACUAUGAUCGGGGCCAGUGGCUCCAUGGUCUACACCCUGUCCCGGCACAGGCAGCGGGUCCGGCACCUUCACCGGUUCACCUCCUCCACGUCCUCCCCCAUGUUCAGAGCCACCGGCACCAUCCUGCUCCUGGUGAGCACCUUCAUCUGUUUUAACAUCAUUUCCUCCAUCAUGAAGAUUGUUGUGUCUGUUAUUUAUCAUCCCAACCAGCUCAUUUUAAACUUUAAUACAGUAAUCACACUGUGUUUCCCGACUCUCUGUCCUUUUCUGCUCUUGAGCCGGGAACCCAAAGUGUCCCUGCUGUGCUCUGCCUGGAUGAGGAAUAGUAAAUGCCACAAACCCUUGAGAAAUAUGUAAAGCGCGUGUGAG